UCUGAGAUGUUACGUUGUGAUUGUAUUUCGGAUUUUUAUGCUAAUAAUAUCACAAGUCCAUUAAAUCAAUAUACUACGGAUUAUUCUUGUAAUCUCAAUCAUCAUAUUGAUUAUCCGAAGAAAUUCUCAAGUUGGCAUUAUUCAAGAGAUUAUCAAGAAGCAUUAAUUUCUGGACCUAAAGAUUGUGGAAUCAAAUCAAAUUCCAUGCGACCAACUUCUCUGAGCACAGAGCAUUUACAUCAAGAUGUGUCAGUCACAAAUAGAUUGUGUCAUAAUACCAUUGAACCAAUCAACUCUUUCGAUGCCUUCAAUUCAUGUUCAGACUCAGAUUGCCUUUGUUCUUUGGGGAUCACUCCAUUAGAGGAUCAUGAAACAAUUACAGAAUGUAACAAAUGUAUGAAAUGCCGAGCAUAUCAACAUGAACAUUUAUGUGCAUCUUCUGAACGAAAGAAAUAUAAUCCUAAUUCAGAUUCGCACAACUUGAUUAUUUCUAAUCCCGGUGCUGUUGCGGAUUCUUAUGAUUUAUCUGAUCAAAGUCGUGACUCCUCUUGCCCGGAUGAUCCUUUCAAUCGUAUGUUGCAUUUUCAAACUGAGAUGCCUGAUAUUUGCAAUGAUUCAUUAGAGGACGGAUCUGCCAAGACCAUAGAAGAAAUUGAAAGGUACUAUGGAGGAAGAUUGAGAACUCAGCGUGCAGCGAAAAUUAUACAAAAUGCCUAUAGAGAUUAUCGUUUGAGAGCGGAAUACGCUCGACUAAGAGCAGAAAAAGAUAUCAGUCGAAUCGGAGAACAGAACUCAAGCAAAACCGUUCCAAAUCGACCUAAUGUGAAUCACAUUUCAAGUAAAGGCGACUGUGUGAUUUCCCAACCUUCAAACGAUGUCGAUGACUUGGUUAUCGAGAAAGCAUACAUGGAUUGGUCACGUGAAGCGAAUGUUAAUCAGACUGAAUUACAAAAUCCAUUUUCUAAUGGUACCCUUCUGGAUGACGGUUUAUGUCAUAAAACUCAUCAUUAUACUUCACAGUGUUGCCCGAAAUCGCAUACUGAUCGUUUACAGAUGGUUUCUGAUUCUCCUAUGGUCCUCAAUUAUUUAUCGCCUGGCAGUGCAAAGUCUAAUUUAAAUAAACAGAACUUAAAUAUGUAUAAUACAAAUACGAUGCAUUUUUCACUUCCAAACUCAACUGUGAAUUACAAUAAUGAACUAAUUCACUUACCCAGUGAACAUUUCUACAGUUCUUCUAUUAAGGAGUCAACAGUAACUAACAGUCCACAACCAAAGUGGGUCAGUUCACUCCCUACUUCUUUUCUUCCUUGUUCGAAAAUGCAUGUCAAUCCUGGCUGCGAAAAUUGUUCUUGCACUCGGCAAACUAUACCAACUCAACAGUUUGUUGCUGAAUGUUUUCCGAAAUAUGGUGAUAUAUCUCCGAAUUCGACACGUUCAUCUUUACAUAGAGGAGUAUAUUUAAAGAAUUGCUGUGCACCACCACCACCAUCUGUUUUAAACCGUUCAAGUAUUCGUAACAACUGUUGUCCUUAUUGUAUAAAUGUCCCACAUAUAAGGGCCACACCCACAGUAAAUACUCCUCCUGCAUUGGUUUGUAUACCUGCAUCUAGAGAUGUCAUGCCACCUCAACCUUGUAACAAUAAUGAAUGUUCAGUAAUUACUUAUCCUAUGGAAAAAGUUUGUAAAACACCAGCUGUUUUAUCAUCCUGUGUUCCUUUGAACAAUGAAUUACUACAGUUGCAUUCAGCGCAGUUAGUAGUACCAAAUGUUCCUAUAAACCAGUUAGAGUCUCUCAAGAUUAAUAACAAUGAUGCGUUUCAAAAACCGCAUCACGUACAUGCAUCUUGCAGAGUUCCAUGUUAUCAUAUACCUAAUUCAUGUCAGUUACAUGUGCAUCGUUCAUAUCUUUCACAUAAUCCGACUAGUCAAACUAUUAUUCAUCCAGCUAUUAUAACUUCAUUUUCGCAUAGAAAUCCUUGUAUAAAUCGAUUACCUAAUGUUCAGGAGAAACGUCGAAAACGAGCUUAUCGUAUUGGUUUAAAUAUAUUCAACAAGUCACCGGUGAAAGGCAUUGAUUUUCUUGUGAAGAAUGGAUUUUUAGAAAAUUCCCCAGAACUGAUUGCUCGUUUUCUGUUAACUCGUAAAGGUUUAAGUCGAGUUGCCAUUGGUGAAUAUCUUGGUGAUACAAAGAAUGAAGUAGCUCAAUUGACAACAAGACAAUUUAUUCGGGAAUUAAAAUUUCAAAAUAAGGAAGUUGACGAAGCAUUACGUUUAUUGUUGGGAUGUUUUCGUACACCGGGUGAAUCACAGAAAAUUGUUCAUCUGUUAAAUGAAUUUCAAUCAGUCUAUGUAGAACAAAAUGCAUCAUAUGUGAAAUCACAAUUUAGAAAUUCCGAUACAAUUAUGAUAUUAGCAUAUGCCAUCGUAAUGUUACACACUGAUAUGUAUAGUCCAAAUGUUCGACCACAAUCAAAAAUGACAAAAGAAGAAUUUGUACGAAAUUUACGUGGUGUUGAUUCUGGUGAAGAUUUAGAUCGAGAUUUUCUACUUGGUAUUUAUGAUCGAAUCAAAUCACAAGAAAUGUCUGUACAACCAGAUCAUACAGAUCAAGUUCGUAAAAUACAACAACAUUUAACAGGUCCACAAAAACCUCUGAAUCUGUCAAUACCCCAAAGGAGAUUAGUUUGUUACUGUCGACUUUAUGAGGUUCCAGAUAAAAAUAAACGAGAACGUUCUGGUGCACAUCAACGUGAAUUAUUUUUAUUCAAUGAUCUUCUUCUUAUCACUAAAAGUGUACAAAAACGUAGACGUGAUGCAUCAGUCGCCUAUCAAGUUCGUAUGACUAUUCAAUUAUUAGGCGUAAAAUUAGUUCCAUUUGAAACUAUUCAUCAUCCUAAUGGUUUAGAACUAUUGUUACCGGUUGCACAAAUGAAUCCUAUUGUUGUUGAAACACCUCCUAAUCAUCAUCAUCAUCAUCAUCAUGGUCAAGCACGUAUUCUAAUCACAUUGAAUACUAAAACAAGUUCAGAUCGUGCUAGAUUAUUAGAAGAUUUACAAGAAUGUAUAUUAGAAGUGACAGAAAUGGAACGUUUACGACGUGAAGAGAUUGUCAAACAAAAAAAUCAUCAUCAAACUCAUCAACAUCAACAUCAUCAACAUUGUUCAGGUUAUAAUAAAAUGGGAUUAACUGAUAAACAGGCAAUUCAGUCUACCAAUGUAUCAUCAUCAUUAUUAAACAAACAACAACACCAUACAUGCUCCUCUGUUCAUCAUAAUCAUAAUCAUAAUCAUCUUUUAUCUUCAUCACCACAACAUAACAUUUGUUCACCUAUAUCAUCAACAACAACAUGUUUAAUGAAUCAUAAUAUUGUUCAAUCAGAGCCAAGUGCUAUCGAUGAUGAUGAUGAACAUUGUCAUCAACAUCAUCAUCAUCAUUAUAAAUUACCUGAUGGUGGACAAAGAUUAAGUGGUGACAGUGGAUUGAUGGCUGAUUUAGAUGCAGCUUCUUCCAGUUAGACAACAUCAUUCAUUAAUCUAUGAUUAUAUUUUAUUCAAAACUGUGAUAAUAUUUACUUUUAUUUUCAUCGUUUAUAACCGACCAACCGAAAUAACUUUUUUCCUUCUUUUGUUUAUUUUUUUGGCAAAAUUAUUAGCAGCGAAUUUGCGAAAUAUUGCAAAUUCAUGUACAAAUAUUUAUUUGAUUAAUUCUGUUGAUUUCGAUUUCAUUGUAUAUUAUUAUUUAACAAACUUUUU